UCAGAAGCAGCGCUUCAUCACAUCAGCAUGUUUGACAGAGCACCGGAGGGCGAUCUGGUUCAGUUUUGGGAUUAGGAAGGUUUUAGCCUGCCAUUGAAAUUGCGUUUCAGGGAUGGGUCGGGGUCGAUCUCAGCUGGGACCAGGAUCAGAUUGUUUCCACUGUUUUUUUUAUUUUUAUAUGGGCUGACUUUCAACAAAAAGAGUUUUUCUAUUUUAGUAAUCGGCAGGUGCACGUUAGGCUGUGAGAGAAUUAGAGUUAAUGUGCUGCCUGUCCUUCAUGAAUAACUGAUCAAUCAAUGAUGGGAGGCAGAGGUGGUCCAGUGAAAAUACAGAAGAAGUUAAUUGAGCUGUUGGUGCUAGUUGGUAUCAUUGAUUUGACUCGCGGUACCAUUCAGAGCCCAGACUAUGACGACACAUCCAACCCGGAGUUCCUCAAGCCGUCCUGGAUGGCGAGCAUCCCCGACGAUCAGCCACUGUCUGAGGUCACUAUGCCCGGCACCCACAACACCAUGGCCCUGUACGGUGGCGUUUAUGCAGAGUGCCAGACCUGGAGCUUAGCCUCCCAGCUCCGAGCCGGCGUCCGCUUCCUCGACAUCCGCGUCCGCCACGUCAAGGGGAACCUCACCAUCCAUCACGGCGUGUCGUAUCAGUGGGCGCACUUCGGCCAGGUUCUGGAGGGCGUGGCCGACUUUCUGGCAGAGUAUCCCAGUGAGACGGUGUUGAUGCGUGUGAAGGAGGAGUUCAGUGAGACGUACAACAUCUACGGUGCUGUGGUCGAUCACAUUCAUCGCUACGCCAACUGGGAUCUGCUGUGGCACAGCCGGCUCGUGCCAACCAUGGGAGAGGCCAGAGGGAAGCUCAUCGUUCUGCAAGACUUUUCUGGGCCGGACUUGGGGAUACGCUAUGGUUCCUUGGACAUAGCGGAUGAUUGGAGAGUACCCACAGUUCUGCAUGUGAAGGAGAAAUGGCAGAGCGUCUAUAAGCACCUGGAGGCCGCACCUGCAGGCAACAAGGCCCAGAUAUUUCUCACCUUCAGCAGCGGAGCUGGUGUGUUUGCGUUCCCCAGAGCUGUCGCUCAGCGUGUCAAUCCACAGCUGUAUGACUACCUGGGGGCCAAGACGGACCUGAACCAGCGCCUUGGAAUUGUAUGCAUGGACUUCCCUGCUGCUCCUAUUAUUGAAAUGAUCAUUAACUUCCAACUGAAAAAGGACAAAAAUAGCAUGAAGGGCAUGAACACCCUAUCUGGCAAGGCAAAUUGGAAAUAUGAAAUUUCUUCUCUGAAAAAGAAGAUGAUCAAAUAUUUAAUUUAAAAAAUAAUGUCUGGAACGGACAUGAUAUAAAUUGUACCUUGUCAUUCACCAAAGAUAAUGGGAACAAAAUAAAUUGCAUUGAUCACAUCAGAAAUGGUAGCGUGGAAGUUUGUGAAGUAACAAACAACAGCGAACAGUGGUAAAGUGCAUUAUAGUUGCUAUUUUUUAUGUGGAUAUACAUCACCAGGCAGGUCAUGCCUGCGUGUCACCAGGUAGGUCACGACUGCUUGCAUCGGUCCUGGAUUAAGGACCGAUGCACUGAUGCACUGAUAGGGCUGCUGCAGGGACACAUGGCAUCAGGUUGUGUUAACAUCCUGUUCUGCGUUGGUCCACCUCUGCAUCCCAAGCCCACUUCAACUGUCAAAAAACUUGAGCCACAUUC